AUCGUGCCGAGCCGUGCCAAACCUGGCGAAUGCUUUGACAUCAGUCAGACACUCACCGGGUCAGGCUCUCCGCUGCAGCCGGACUCUCCUCCGGAUCUCUGCAGGUAAAGUAACUGGACCGAAGACUGUAAGACAGGACACGUGUGGGACAGUUUUACCGGGAUCCUGCAGGGACCGUACUUCCUUCUACCGUAUUUUACUUUUUUUUCUCAUGUGAUGGUCCAAGCCAAUGAGAAGUUAGUAGAUAGAUCACGUGAGUUCGAGCUGUCUGGUGUGUUUCCGGGUCUGGUUUUGUCCUGCUGGGGAGAGACGGCGGGACCGGGAGGACGAGAAGAUCGAUAACGUGAACGUAGCGUGUCUCUGUCCACCUGUGGCUCCACCUGUGGCUCAUCAUGUCCAGACAGAGGAGUACCAAGACCCUGAUCAUCGCAGACGAUGAGGAGGUGGAGGCUGCGGAGCUGAACCCGUUCUCCUUCAGAGAGUUUCUACGCUGGAAGAACCAGGAUCCAGACCAUGGCCAACAGCAUGACCAGGACCAGGAUCAGCACGAGGAACAGACCCACAGCCAGUCCAGCAGCUCUCAGAGGCUGUUUGAUGUCGGCAACUUGACCUUUGACCCCGAUGUCCAGAGCUGUUUCUUCUCCGAGCCCUCCCUGGCACCACAGGAAGAGGAGGGGUGGGGGCGGAGCUUCCAGUCAGGCGUAGACAGCACCUCCUCCCUCUGCACAGAGGAGGACGAGGAGGACGAGGAGGAGGAGACCCGGUUCUCCUCCAAACCCGAAGUCCUGCAGAGAGGAGGAGGAGAGAACUAUGAAGGAGAUGACGAGACCUCCACGGCUGAACCAGCCACCUCCAGCAGGAGGAGGAGCAGGACGAGCAGCCAGAUACAACAGCUGAAGGAGGAGAACACGGUGUUGAGGAGAACCAUCAGGGAGCUGCAGAGGAGAUCAGAUGCUAGCGAACGCAGGAUGCUGGAGCUGUCUGAGGAGCUGCUCCAGAGGAGGCGUCGGGAGGAGAAGGAAGCUCAGGACCUGGAGAGCAUGGUUCACUCUGUGGAGCAGAACCUCCACCUGAUGACGAAGCGAGCGGUGAAAGCAGAGAACAGUGUUUCCAAACUGAAGGUGGAGCUGCAGCAGCUGCAGCUCCUCGCGGUCAUGAUGAGCCAGCUGACUCACCUGGCUGCACAGGUGUGUCAGCUGUGUCCACAGACCUGUGGACCGUGUGUGUGUAUCUCAGGUGGAGCUGGACUCUCUGCGGUCGGAGAACGACGGUCUGAAAGCGGCAGAGUCUCAGGUCGUCAUGACGAUGAGACAAAACGCACAGGUGGCGUCUGAGUACCUGAACAAGACAGCAAGCCACGCCCACUCCUCCAUCCGUCAGCUGUUGGGGGAAGCAGACACUCUUCGUUUGGUCUCUCAGCUGCUGCAGUCCAUCGACAAGAUCUCCAACCUCAACACAGAGUCCUGAACUCUUCAAGGCAACUUCUACACCUGCUAUAGACCCUUAGACCUCCUCCGGGCCACCAGACCCUCCUGUGAUCUGCAGCUCGCCCCUAGACCUCCUCUAGACCUACUACAGAUCCUCGUCUCUGAUGGUCGGGAAGACGUGGUUGUCAUGGGAACAACCCAGAAAGGACUUCCUGUGAGGGCGGCAGGUUUUUCGUCUGUCCAUCAUUUCUCACCUUUGCUGAACCUUUGAUGACAUCACAGCAGCUGGAGUACAUCUGGUUCCUGAUUGGUCAGAUUUUUGGACAGUGUCUCCAUCCUGACAGAAGAUUGGAGACACAAAGACAUCGCAGACGUAUCAGUGACGCUAUAGCAGAUCUGAGUGUGUUUUUGAUUUACAGUCUAAUUACACAUGAAGUUGAACUCGAGGAAAAACCUGCAGUUUGUUGUGGUUUCUAAUCAUUUGCUCUUCCUGUCUUUUGAUUUGUCUUAUGAAUUCUGCAGCUGUAAACUCCUACCUGUUUUAGGACAGGUGGUCGUCCAGAAGGCCAAAUGAACUCAUUUACUUAGGACAAAAAACUAGACUUAGACUAAACCAUCGGCCGUUUUCUGUAAAAAUCAAUGAUACUUUUCACUUUAUCUGCCUCAGUAGAGCAAACAGUCACGUUUUUGGCGGGAAUUCAAAACUCUGACAUCUGAAAUGAAUUCUACGUAACAGAGAAAUAAAUGUAUGAUCGUGGUUUAGAAACCACACCACCAGGGGGUGGUUUCACAACCACCACCUGGUGGCGUCUGGACCCAGGGUCACUGCAGGUCCUGGCGCCGAAGCCCAGAAGUUCGUCAUCGGCUAGGAGAGACGGUUGGACUACAUGACCCUGAAACUAGACUACAUAAACCCAACACUAACCCAUGUGAACCUGAGACUAAACUAUAUGAACCUCAAACUAAACUACAUAAACUUGGGUCACCACAGAUGCAGCUGAUGAAGCCCAGGAGUUCAGACUAGGCCAGGAGAGACUGUCUUUCAGAACAGUUCCAUCUGCAGAUGUGCAGGAGGAGCCUACAUCUGCAUCUGGUACUGUCAGACCACUGAUGCCAAGUGGGCCCUCACUGAUCUGCAAAUCUCCACCACCGAUGAGGAGUAUCAGAGUUUUCAAAAACAAAACCAUCAACAAGUGAGUGUGAAUCUGCAUGAGGGGACCAGAGGUAACCCGGUGUGCCUGUGGUACAAGAAAGAUGACUACGACGCCCCCAUGAAAAGCCUCGGUGAUCGUCAGUCUAGCAGCCGUUAAGCCGUCCGAGAGAGCCGGGGUCCAGGUCAUCACAAAAAACCUCCACACAGGCAACAGUGGGGCCACUCAGUACCUGUGUUUUCACGCUGAGUCGUCAUGGUAACAGAGCUGAGCACUUCCACUGAGGACAACCACAAAAAAAUCUCAAUUGAUUUAAAUCACUGAUCUCAGACCAGUAUUAUACUACUAACAUCAGGAAUUAUUAAUGGACACACAACCUAUGGUUUCACCUGCAUCUGAAAUAUGCAGGCGGCUGUGGCUCGGGAGGAAGAGCGCGUUGUCCACUAACUGGAAGGUCGGUGGUUUGAUCCCCAGCUCCUCCAGUCCGCAUGUCAAAGUGUCCUUGGGCAAGAUACUGAACCCCAGAUUGCCCCUGAUGUAUCAUCAGUGUGUGAAUGGGGUGCGUUUUGAGUGGUCGAUAAAACCAGAAAAAUGCUGAGGAGUGCGGUCCGUUUGCCUCUGGUUUCAUUUUAUUGCUUUAAUGGAACAUAAAAUCUGCAAAUACAAAGGAUAAAAUAAGAGACAGAGCAGCUCAUCAGGGGCAGUACAUGAGUUCUUAUGUGAUAAGGUGGGUUUACUGUUCUAAUUUUCACAGGGAAAACGAGUGUACAUGUCUUUUUCUUAACACAGAGCACAUACAGAUUUAAAUUGUGUGUAUACUUACAUUGUAGAUCGAAAUUGGAAAUCGUUACUUAUUUUGCAAAUGCUUAAAAUACUGUGCAGUUAUUAUGGUCUGCUGUAUGGAAACAGCCAGUAAACAGAGAACUGAAUUUACACGUCUGACAAUGAAAACUAAAACUCUCUACUCUGUAGAUUUCACGGCAGAGCUGUUGUACUGGCCUGCAUUAGAUUGUGCAGGUGUGCCUAAUAAACUGAGUACUGAGCAUCAGUAAGUUAUAUAAGCAUUGUACGGUUGUGAUGUGACUUUAUUGGGUGAUAUUGUGACUGUUUUAUUUACACUGUACACGUCCAAAUAAACAAAGAAGAGUUCUCCCGUUUCCAGGCUCGGUUCAGUUUCUAACACCAGCAGGUACCAGCAGCCGGGUCGUGUUCAAACAAAUCUACAACAGAUUCUAACCAGUGAUGCACUAACUGAACUUCAGGAGGAAUAAAUGUUCUCACCCGCUUCAUCUUCUCCAGCUCCAAAGU